AUGUAUGUGAAAUGGGUUGAAACAGCAAUGUUUUUGCUAUGUAAAAUUUGUUUUGAAAAAAAUGACAUUUUUUAAAAUGUUCAAAUUUCCCGCCGGUGGCAGCACCCGUACGUCCCGACGUCACAGGGACCGUAACACAGAAGCCGGAUGCCGGCAUCAGCCAGAGGAGAUGGCCGGGGACGCUGCAGGGGACACAUCGCGGGAGCGCAGGACAAGGUAAGUGAAGAACACAUGCCGGAGCAGUGCCGCAUGGUAUUCCCGAGUGUAGCUCGGGGGGUUACCGCUUUUGGUACUGAAAUGUUACCCCGAGCUACACUCGGGAAUACCGCUAAGGAGGUUAAUAUAACCUAAGCAGUA